AGCCGCGGAGCCCGCCCUUCCCUCGCACCUGCGGCCCCGGGCCCCGCCCCCCCAGGGUCGCCCGCCGAGUUUGCGGCAGAACGUAGGGCUAGAAGGGGAAGGGGGCCGGAGAGGACCCGCCCCGGCCAGGAGCGCCCCCGCCCCUGGCCCGGCCUCGGCCCUGACGCCCUCGCCGGGCGCCCGCUGUCCGGCUCUGGUCUUGUGCAGGGCGGUGCCAUGGAGCAGCUGGUGUUGCGGGCCCGGGCGGCCUUCCAGACCGGCCGCUCGAGGCCUCUGUCGUUCCGCCUGCAGCAGCUGCGGGCCCUGCAGAGGAUGGUGCAGGAAUGCCAGAAGGAGAUCCUGGGGGCGCUGGCCCAGGACCUGCACAAGAGUGAAUUCAAUGCAUUUAGUCAAGAAGUUGUAAGUAUUCUUGGGGAACUUGACCAUGUACUGGAGAAACUUCCAGAGUGGGUUGCCCCAGAGCCAGCUAAGAAGAAUCUCCUGACAAUGAUGGAUGAGGCCUAUGUCCACUCAGAGCCUCUUGGAGUGAUCUUGAUUAUUGGGGCUUGGAACUACCCAUUUGUCCUAAAUAUCCAGCCAUUAAUAGGAGCCAUCGCAGCAGGAAAUGCUGUCAUAGUCAAGCCAUCAGAAUUAAGUGAAAAGACAGCCACCCUUUUGGCCAAGAUCCUCCCUCAGUAUUUAGACAAGGAGCUAUACCAGGUUAUUAAUGGUGGUGUCAAGGAGACCACGGAACUUCUGAAGCAAAGAUUUGACCAUAUUCUCUAUACUGGAAGUACUGGAGUCGGGAAGAUUGUCAUGGAAGCUGCUGCCAAGCAUUUGACUCCUGUGACUCUGGAGCUCGGAGGGAAGAGCCCAUGUUACAUUGAUAAAGAUUGUAAUCUUGAUAUUGCUUGCAGACGUGUCACCUGGGGGAAGUAUAUGAACUGUGGUCAGAUCUGCAUUGCUCCAGACUACAUUCUUUGUGAGCCGUCCCUCCAGAGUCAGAUUGUGGAGAGGAUAAAGGAAACUGUGAGGGAAUUCUAUGGUGAAGAAAUAAAAAAGUCUCCUGAUUAUGAAAGGAUCAUCAACCUGCAUCAUUUUAAAAGGGUGACAAGUUUACUCGAAGGACAAAAGAUAGCUUUUGGCGGGGAGACGGACGAGGCUACACGAUACAUAGCCCCAACUGUCCUUACUGACGUUAACCCCAACUCCAAGGUGAUGCAAGAAGAGAUAUUUGGUCCUGUGCUUCCAAUAGUGCCUGUGAAAAAUGCAGAUGAAGCAAUACAGUUCAUAAACCAGCGAGAAAAACCCCUGGCCCUGUAUGUGUUUUCUAAUAACAAUAAGCUGAUUAAAAGGAUGAUAGAAGAAACCUCUAGUGGUGGGGUUACUGGCAAUGAUGUCAUCAUGCAUUUCACUCUCAGCUCUUUGCCCUUCGGAGGAGUUGGUAAUAGUGGGAUGGGUGCAUAUCACGGAAAACACAGUUUUGACACCUUCUCCCAUCGCCGAUCAUGCCUAAUAAAGAAGUUAAAGAUGGAAGGAGCCAACAAGCUCAGAUACCCACCAAAUAGCCAGUCCAAGGUAGACUGGGCAAGCUUCUUCCUCUUGAAACGCUUCAACAAAGUCAGAAUUGGUCUCUUCUUUCUGGCUUUUCUGGGUAUCCUAGUCGCUAUAACUGUAAAAAAAUACCAAGCUGUGCUGAGGAGAAAGGCCCUGUUGAUUUUUCUGGUAAUUCACAGACUUCAUUGGUCCAAUAAACAGUGAGGAACGGCGGAUUGCCAAAGGCAGCACUAUUGGUUAAAGAGAGUUUCAAUACUGCUAAAGAUGGCUGAGGUUCAACUUGCAAGUUGUCUUUACUGGAUUUCUACUUUUGUUCCUUGAUUCAUGAACAAAUUGAUUCCUGUUAAAAAAUAUUAAUAUAAAAGUGCAAAGAUGAUUACCUUAAAGCAGACUACUAUUUUUCUCCUAAAAACCUGCCAUUUCAGUCACAUCUCCAAUUCUUCUAGCAACUGGGCCAUUUGAGGUAAAUAUUCCAGGCUGAGUUUGAAGGAGAAAGGGACGCUUUAGGUGGGACUCUUUGGCUCCUGGCCUCCUUCCCUCUCAGCCCCGCCCCCAUUCCCAGGCUCCAUUGGAAUGUAAGAGGGGGCAGGGUGUGGGGAGGGCCUUUGAAAGAGUUCCUCCACCCCUUGGAGUCCCUCCUGGCCCUUUUGUGUGGAGCCUGGUCUUCCUCAGUAGAGAAGCAAAGUGCCUUGUAAUUCCACAUGAUGCCAGGUUAGAGGAGGGACACAGAAGUUCCCAUUUGGUACACUCAGGUUUUGAGGGCAUUAGAACUGCAGCCAGUAAAGAGGCCCAGAGGAAUGCAGGGAGCUUUAAACUUGGCCACGCUCAGAGAACUCAGUCGUUGUCUUGUUUGUGAACACAGGUAUCCUUUACAAAGUAAACGACUAAGUUUAUUUCACAGUUGAGGUCUUCACAGAGAACAGUUGUCCAUAAUUUGUCUCCUGUCAUAUUUUGUGUUUUACCUGGGAGCGGUCUGUGCCAUAGCUAACUCCGGGCUUUUGGCAGCCAGAGUUAAUGCAUAGGCCUUCAGUGAGGCUGCCAGCUCCCGAGGAGGGGCCAUCGACACCACUGAGGGCAGCUUUUACUUAUCAGUCCUGCUUUGUGGAAUCCUCAGUCGAGCUGCUUUUUAUGCCAUUAAAAAAGCCCCUUUCCCUCAGAUCCAGCUCCCUAGCGCUGGUAUUUGUGAACAGAGGUUUGACAAACUGAGACAAGUUUAAUCUCUAUUUUCAAGUUAUGUAUGCCCAAAUGCAAGCAAUUUGUGCUUUAUAAUGUGUUUUAAGGCCAAAUUUCCAUCUUUCUAAAGAAAUUCAAAGUGUAGAAUUUGAAUAAAGUGGAACACCAAAUCAUUUUACUGAAACUGAUGCCUUAAACAGAAGGAAUGUUCAGGCUGGAGGACAUCAUGUGGCGGGUGACAGCCCAAGUCAGAGCCGUGUUUAAUGUUAUAGUGUCCCACCUCUAGUAGACACCAUCAAUAACCAGCCCGGUCAGUGAGGAAAGAGAAUUCCAGAAGCCAGGAGGAUGAAAUCUGAAUCCCCAGGCAUGAGGGAGAGUGUGGGGUCAGGAGAUAAAGAGCAUCAACCUUGACGCCGGGCUCAGGAAGAGUGGCAAGGAGGACUAACUCUGCGCCUACCGACAUACCAAGCUUGUGUGGGCGUGCGAUGGUAAAAGACUGCCACGCUACAUGACUCAGGAUCCCAUGGCACUAGCCACCCUUGCAUGGAAGCCCUUGCAUGCUUAAGAAAUGUCAACUGACUUUAUUGAGGAGAUUUUCUUCAUCUGAAUACAUCUUCAAAUUUAAAAUCUUAAAUCAAUAGUGAUCUUAGGGGAGGAAUGAAAAUUCCCUUAGAGGCUUACUUCAUUGACCACUUUGCUGGACUGAAUCUAUUCAGGCAUAGAUAUCAUCUGCUGGUGAAGUUUCAUGUACUACAGGUAAUCAUUAGCUUGCUUUAGGGAAUAGAACUGGUUAACUAAAUGGUGACUUUUAGUCAAUUACCUUAACGAUGUUGGACAAGGGCUUUAAAACUGUUUUGACUCAGCGUAUCAAAAUUAUGUGUUGUGUUUGCCUUUUUGGUGAAACUUAACAGCUGCCUGGUUACUAGUUUAAAAUCUUUAUUAUAAUUAAUAAAAUUGAGAUGAAUUUUAAA